AUGGUCAACUUCAGUGACGAGUUUCAGCUGAGUCGCUGGUUCAACUCCAGCUCAAGCAACAGCGCCCAUGCAACAGACAGCGAAGAUGGAGAUGCUGCGUGCUUAACAGAUGAUGCGAUGAUGCAAUCAUCAAGUCUAUCCACAACUGAAUGUUUCGUUUGUCACUUGCUUAACCCUGAAUAUAUGUCAACAAAUACAGCAAAAAAGGCACCACCUGUGCCCGUUUGCUCCAUGGAAUGUGAAGCUAAAUAUUUAGAAAUGAAGGGAAUGCGACCAUCAAGUGAUUCGAAGAAUAUGGAUCCGAAUCAUUGUUUUAUAUGCCAAUCAUUUGAUCCAGAAUAUUUAUUCGCUACUCGUACUGUAAUGAUACCAAUAUGUAGUAAAGAAUGUGAAAAGGCUUUACUUCGUCGGAAGAAACAACGUGUAACUACGGAUACGGAUGGUAGUACAUUGAUCAAACGCUCCAAGGAGGAGAACAUGGAGCCUGCUAAGCGUCAACGUCGCGCGCUUAAUUUCUUAGGCGAUCAGCUGCCUGAUAGCUCGAAUGGCAAAGGAUACAAAAGCUGGUGGCUUGGCGCUCUUGCCUUUUACGAUUUCGUCUAUCAGCGCCACGGAAUGUGGCAUAGCUACUCGAUUAGCAAUGACUUGCCGCGUGUUGACCCGUGUCUGAUAAAGUUUGCAACUUGCAAUAUUUAUCGCGAGCUGGACCGUAGUACGGCAUAUCUUCGAAAGCAUGUGCUUCGAUGGCAACAAGCUCAUCAAGGACGCUUAGGUCUGCGUGAAGUUCUGUGGAUGGCAGUGGUAUUUAGGUAUUGCAAUAAGCUGGAAACUUUUCACAAGCUUAAAGGCAUUCCCAGCUCGGAAGACUAUUCUCACUUUACAAAGCGUCUGCUUGCAGUGGCUAAGCGCACGGAUACUAGCAGUAUUCUGGCAGGCAACCGUGAGCUUACGGUGGAUACUUAUUUAGAGACACUGGAGGUGUUUUUGCAAAAUAUUGAUGAAACGACGUUAUUGGUGAAGAAGUGCAGCACAUCUAAGGCCAUCUUUGAUACUCUCCGCAAGUUCCAAAACAACAAGCUUGGGUCGUUUACGUGCUGGCAGGUUGUCUGCGAUUUGAUGGAGCUCCAUAUGCUGCCCGAGGAAGUCAUCACGGAUGAAUUUAUAUGGCUUACCCUGGACGCGAGGAAAAGCCUUGUGCAAAUAUUUGGCAAAAGCCGCGCGCGUCCAUCAGAGUACAUUGCUCUCGCGCGACUGCUGCAACAGCGCCAGCUCCAAGGGUUUAAGGCACUUCAGGUGAAUUUUCCGUUCUUUAUGGACCAAAAGCUAGAUUUGAAAAACAUUGGACACGCACUGCACAGCUUUCAGGUGUAUCGCAACAUGAAACUAAUUGAGAAUAAGCAAACCCACAAGCAGGAGCCAGGAACGUCGCAACCUGCGGUGUAUAGCUCGCGUACGUACAUGAUGGACUCGGAGAACUGCGAGGUCUGUUCGCACCCGGACAAUGAGGACCAGUUGGUGCUGUGUGACAUGUGUCAGCGCAUGUUUCAUAAGUAUUGCAUUAACAUGGAGGAGCUGCCUCCGGCUUCUUGGGUGUGCACUGCGUGUAAGAAGCUGCAAAACUAUCCACUUGAAGGUCUUGUCGUGGAGCAAGAAGUUAUCUCGAUUGAUUGA